CGCGUUCGCUCUGUGUGCGUGUACCGCGAUCCCAGCAGAAUCCACUCCGCUCGAGGAGUCAGCUAGACGGGAAUUCGCCUUGGGAGGCUUGUGAAUCUGUGAAUCUUCAAGUUUUAUCGAAAGUUGGAUUGGGUUUCGAGGAAAAUUGUGUCCUAGUUAUUUGUGGCCUAUCCAGAAUUUUACUUCUGUGGGUCCAAAGGUGAUGCUGUGUUAGCGAUACUAUACCUUGAAGAAGAUCAUAUGUGUGCAGUGUCAGCCAAAAGUUUCCAGCGAUCUGUGCCGUAAAGUUAACGUAGACGCAACGAUAGAGCCGUCCAUCUCGAAAAUGUGGAACUUUGAGGGAAUAACCUGCUGCGGGAUGAAUCGCAGGUGGAAUCGGUGAGAAUCGACGUAGAAUCGCGAGUGACGGCCACAAGUUGUCAGGUAUUAUGGCCGCCUGUCAGCCGAGGCAAGUGGUUCAGCACCUGCAGCUGCAGGAGCCGACACAGGUCGGGGUUGGAUCCAUCAACGGUAUCGGUAACCCAACUCAGAAGCCCCUUCAGCAACCUCACUACUCGCCCCACCUGCUCAAUUGGGUCUACCUGGCGAUCGCUGAUCAGAAUCAUGCUCAGCCACCGGACCGGAGCAAGCUUCUUCCAACGAUCUGGAACGGCUUCCCCACGGCAGGCUCGCAUACGUACUUGCAUCGAGGUGGACUGAGUCCUUCUGGUGCGAUGGGAGCUACUUUGGCAGACAGCAUCGGCGAUCUCGCCGACCAUUUCACGGAGCUGGGUCUGCUGGACCGGAAGCCGACCAAGAGGCCGCCACCCAGCUACCUUUGCCACCUGUGCUUCAAGAAGGACCACUACAUCAAGGACUGUCCGCAGGCACGGCCAAAGGGCGAGGGUCGGACACCCUAUCAAGGAAAAAAACGUUGCUUCGGGGAAUACAAGUGUCCAAAAUGCAAACGCAAGUGGAUGUCGAGCAACAGCUGGGCGAAUAUGGGCCAGGAAUGCAUCAAGUGCCACAUAAACGUCUAUCCGCACAAACAGAAACGGCUGGAGAAACCAGAAGGGCUGGACGUAUCUGAUCAGAGCAAGGUCCAUCCGCAACACCUGUGCGAGAAAUGCAAACGUCUGGGUUAUUAUUGCCGAAAAGGCGAGUAAGAGUGGCACGAACUAUCCUUGCCUCGAUAUACAUGUACCAAAGAUGUUGAGGAAUUUAGGGUCUUUUAAGGUACUCGUGAAUUCAUGAAACCGUUCAUUGUGAUCAAUAAUUGUUCCGUUAAACGACACAAAACUGGGAAGAGCAUGUUUCAAAGAAUAGAUUGCGCUUCUAUUUUCUAGGUUAAUAGCAAAACAUUAACCAUCGAAUAUUUUUCGAUAAAACAAAAAUAAUAGCCAAAUUCAAGGGAUGCUCAUCCAGAAAAUAUUAGGAAUUUUGGAAAUUUAACCCUUUACAGGUCACUGGUACUCGUUGUUACCACUAAGGAAAGAGCGGGAAUUUUAUAUUUUUAAUUUUAUGAUGUAAGGAAAUGGAUUACGACUUAUGACAAAAAAAAAAUGAACAAAAAUGCAGAGCAAGUUCUGCCCUAUAAAGGGUUAAAACAUUAACAUCAACAGGAGUACAAGCUAUAAUUUGAUGUACACGAUACAAAAGAAAUGGUGCCUGAAUCUAGAACGGAAAUGAAAAAUAACGUCUAGAGAGAUUAGGGAGAAAAUAAGAAAGGAAUGCUUGAAACUGUUCUUCCUUGAACGCGGAUGCUACGUGUCGAGCUUCAGUUUGCGGUUACGAAAUCUCUACGAAUCCAUGAUCAACCAAUAUAUUUUCUUGCGUAUGUAUGUACAAAAUGACGUGAAUAAAACGCGACCACGGAAUCGUACAGAGGUGUCGCGACGUGCAAAAAAAAAAAAAAAAAAAAAAAAAUAUCUGGUCACGUAUGUAUAGGGGAAGAGAUAGAGAGAUCGACUCUCUGCUCGCAAAUUGCAUUGUAUGUACAUAUACAGGGUGUAACAUAAUGUGUCAAAACAAUAAAAUAAGUUCGUAUAAACAUGAUCGAUUUUGGUGUUUCGGAAGUGAAUUGUGUGUUCCAACGAUACUUCCAUGUCGGCCAAUUAUCAAGCUUCGGAUUUCGUGGGUUUAUGUAAAUAUAGAAACCACGUGCAAAACGUAUGCAGAAUGUAAUAAGAUAAUACAAUAAUAUGAAUAUUUUAUUUUGAAUAAGUGUGUACAUUCUGCGUAUGUUUAGCGCACGUUUUUCAUACAUUUUCAUGCACACCCUGUAAACGCAUAUAAUCCAUGGUCUAUUAAUUACAACUAAAGCUUGAUAGUUGCAGAAAAAUAGAUCCGAACUAUUCGUGCAAUGUAUCGAGUCUCAUUUAAUUAUCGAGGUGACCAACCAAGUGAGAAGGAGCCCUACUUACAUAAUAUGUACCCACUACCUGUUGUAACCCAUGCGUAUGUGUAUAUAUGUAUAUAUCUUAUGUAUACGUAUAUAUUAAUAAUAAUAUCGACGACAUUGUAACAUAUUAUUAUUAAUAUAUUGCCAUGCCAAAAUAUACAUCAAGUCAAAGGUC